AGAAAUAAUUAUAAAACAUUUCCUACACUGAGAUAAAUCAAUAGAGUGAAUGAUAAUGAAGGUAAUGUGUUCACAUGAAACUAAUCUAAUGUUUAUUUUAAGACAUUAAGUCUGAGACACAGAGGAAAUGAAGGUGGUUUUAUUUGUGAAUUGGCUGAUACAAAAAAGGGAACCAAAACCAUACCAAAAGGGGGAGGGGUAGGAUAUAGUGCUUAUUCACCACGAAUAGAAUUAGUUCAUUAUCUUGUUUUUGUCUUGCGGAAACUGUAAUCAUCAAACAUAGAAUGUCCAAAUAAGGCCAAAAAGAAAGCGUAUAUAACUCUAAAACUAAAUUUAGAGAAGCAGUCAGACCCAAAUGUAUUGCUACUGUAAGAGACACUGCAUUGCUCCAAACUAAGACUUUUUUUUUUACUUUUUACAGUUUUCUGCAUUUCCCUAUGUCUUCUCUCAUACGCUGGGAAAGAAAAUAAAUAUUAAAAGAAAACGAGGACUGCAGCCCAAAAUAGCUGAUAGUGGCUGCACCUGUUCAUGGUCACACUUCCUAUUCACGCUACAAGCGACUACUAGACGAUAAGUACAGCAUGGUGCAAAAUUGUACGAAGAUAGGUGAUGUGCUAAAGAGGUACUAUCUGUCACCAUCUUAUGGCAUCGAGUUCUGCAUUGGUUUCCCCGCCAACCUUUUGGUUGUACUUGGUUACAUAUUUUGUUUGCCGAAGUGGCAGAGCUGCAAUAUUUACCUCUUCAAUCUGGCGGUCUCUGACCUUAUUUUCCUCUGCACACUGCCACACCUCUCAUACCUCUAUGCAAAUGACCAAUCAGAGACCAACCCCUCUGCAUGCGUUAUCAACCGCUAUAUUCUGCAUGUCAAUCUUUACUCUUCCAUCCUCUUCAUGGUUUGGCUUAGCAUGGACCGCUUCCUGCUCAUAAGACAUCCAACAAGGAACCACUACCUGCUGAGGCCACGGACAGCCCUGAUCGUGACAGGGCUGAGCUGGCUAGCUGUCAAUGUGGAAGUCGCUCCAAUGAUAGCACUGAUGGUCCACGACCUGCAGAGUGCAAAAUGGAGCCGCUGUAAGGAUUUUGCCAGCCUAAAAGGAGAAAUCAAUAACUUCGGCUACAGCCUGGGACUAACGUUUACUGGUUACAUUCUCCCUCUGCUCGGACUUUGUGGUUUCUCUCACCAAAUUGCACAUCUGCUUCAUGUCCAGGAAAGAGCUCUACAGCGCAGGACAUCAUUCAAGCGGCCACUCAGGGUUGUUGCAUCAGCUGCAGCCAUGUUUUUUUUUCUCUACACUCCCUACCAUGUGCUUAGAAAUGUCAGAAUAGCUUCUAUGCAGCCCUGGGCAGGGCUGCAAUUGUGUACAAAAAUGUACAUUGAGGGCCUGUACAUCUUGACCCGACCAGUGGCCUUCUUGCACAGCGUCAUCAACCCUGUGUUUUACUUCUUUAUGGGGGACAAGUUCAGAGAGCUUGUAUUUGCUAAACUCAGAACGCUCGUCAGAAAGACAGAGCAGCAAAGCGAACCAGCCUGACAAAAUCCAACACAAAAUCCCUGUAUAUAUACAAAACGAGAUGCACAUCAACAUCGUACAUCCAUACAUGUGAAUUCUUACAUAUUGUUUUUUGUUAAAAGUAUUGUUUAAGUUAUGCCUUUUAUGUAUUUACAUUGUGUUUUAAUUGUUUAUUAAUGUCACUGGGUUUGUAUUUUAUUGGAGAUGCCUUUAUACAUUCAUUUUCAAUUGGCAGGGAGGAAAGGUCAUCAGGUCAUUCAUAAAUAUAUUGUGAAACUGUGUAUUAAUAGUGUUUGUUGUAGUGACCAUAUCCACUCACAUAUUACCUGAUUAUAAGUUAAAGGAAAUCCAUAGUGGAACUGAGGCAAGGUUACAUUUCAAAGUAAAAUAACGGAAAUAUUCUUGAUGCAUUACAUACCAGAACCUGUUAUUUUUAUAUUUACGCUCUGUUUAAGCAUAUAUAUAUAUAUAUAUAUAUACAUAGAUUGCUGUUUGCAUUUGUGUAUUUGUUGAAAAAGCACAUUUCUUUUGAUUAAACUGGAGAUGCAUGUUUUGACAUUGUUACUAUUAUUUUUGUGGUGUUGUGCAUUAGAUUGAAUAUGCUACUUUUACCUUUUAAUGUAAUAAAAUAUAACAAAACUAUGAAUGAUUGUCUUCUACAUAUAAGCUAUUGAAAUCAUAAAGUUAAGAAUUUGUGAGAAAAUAUAUGUAUUUUGAAAGAGAUUAAUUUAGGCAUUGACCAGUGUCUCUUGUUAGUAUUUGUACAAAUUUGUUAUAAUUAUUGCCUCACCCCAAUCUCUGCUUAGCUGAACUAGAUGUAUGCUUGCAGGGACUGACAAAAAAUAUCAACAUCUACAUUUUACAAUUACAUAAUAAUCCAUUCCAUGUAGCUGGCUGACUGAACUCACUCAGUAACUAUCAAUAAUCGUUAAUCAGGAGAAACUUCAUUUUUUGAAUUAACAAAUAUAUUUAACUGAUAUGUGCACAAUGAAGAUGAGAAAUGUGAAGUUUUUGGCGAUUAGACCCCAUUGUAAUGUCAUCAUAUUUCAAGGGGUUGGUGAAGCUGUGAUUAACAUAGGAAACUUGCAUUGUUUUUACAAAUGUGUACUGUGCUCUUUCCUGAAUAGCGUCAGAGCUUUUUUUUGCAUGAGUGA